AUGCCCGAGAUCGUGAUCUCAAUCCUCCACCAAAUGGACAUGCGCACCCUAAUCGCCGCCCAACGUGUCUGUCACACCUGGGCAGAUCCAAUCCGCACAUCACGCUCACUGCAAAAAGCCCUAUUCUUCAUCCCAGCCAGCGAAAACAGCGGGACAGAUACACGAGUCUACAACCCAUUGCUGGCACAAGCAUUCAAAUCAGCAUUUCCAUCAAAAGACCUGCAAAAUAGCAGCAAUGUAGGCGCCAGAAUAGAGGACAUCAAACUCGCUGAAUUCGAUCUCGCGAAAAGCCCGGCUAAGAUGGAGAUAUAUCUCCGGCCUGAAGCGAGCUGGCGCCGUAUGCUGACGCAACAACCGCCAGUCUUCACGGUCGGACGGUUUCGCAAGGGGAUUGGGCAAAUGGGUCUUUCUUGGUACCAACAAAAGGCAGCGCGGCAAGAUGAGGGUCUUCGUAUGGGCACGUUGUUUGAAUUGCUUGUUCAAUUGAAGUGUUAUGAGUGGCAUUCCGGGUUUAUUGCGAUUUGUCUGGGUGGAGCUGAGCCUCUUAACACGCCGCUUAAUAUUGAGGGACCGGCCCAACGUCUCUUCACGAAUGAGAUUAAUAAUGAUUGGAGGGUUAUGACUGCGAACUUUGAUCUCGUGCUUAUGACGAGCUCUAUGAGCACAUGUAUGGAUCCUGACUCGGAUGGUUCCGAUUACACGAAGAGUAUAGGUGAGGCUGUAUGGGAGAAGAUUUGUGAAACCUAUUGCAAGUUGGGAUUGACUGUCACGGAGUUGAAGAUGGAGGAUUAUAAUGAAGGAUCCGCGUUGUGGUAUGCAUGGGUUUAUUAA